AAUUGAUUAGAUAUUCUUAGAAUUACUCCAUACAUCCUGGAAGAGUGUACUGGUUGCAAGCCAGAUGGUCAUGAAAGCCGUGUGUGUGUUGGUGGGACAUAAGGCCCGAGGGACAGUUUACUUUGAGCAGGCAGGUCCCUCAGCAACUACCAAGAUCACAGGGGAAAUCUCCGGGCUUACCAAAGGUCUCCAUGGACUUCACGUCCAUGAGUUUGGCGACAACACCAACGGCUGUCUUAGUGCUGGAGAUCACUUCAACCCUGAGAAGAAACUGCAUGGUGCCCCUACAGACCAAGAACGUCAUGUUGGAGACCUGGGCAAUGUGACAGCUGAUGAAAAGGGGAUAGCCAAGAUAGAUAUGCAAGAUCAUAAGGUGAGCCUGACAGGACCUAACUCUGUGAUCGGUCGGACUCUCAUUAUUCACGAGAACGCAGACGACCUUGGCCGCGGAGGUCAUGAACUCAGCAAGUCCACAGGUAAUGCUGGCACUCGGAUAGCCUGCGGAGUCAUAGGGUUGACAGGAAGUACCACUGCUCGGCGAUAAACAAGCAUUCAUCACAAAUGUUGUACAAUUUUACAAAAUAAUAUUGAUAUUUUAUUUAUGUGUGAUUUAUUCAAUCAACUGACAUACACUUGAGUGUGUAAGCUGAACUAGAGGUCAUCUAGUGGUGGAAAACUCAACCAAAAAUAUGUAACGUACAGGCUUCUCUUUUUCACCCCAUGCUGUAAAUAAAACAUGUGAUUGCAAUUUC